ACAUGGAUCUCAUAGACAUGCUCAACCCUCUCCUCUUCAUCCUCCCUCUCUGCUACCUCCUAUGGACCUUGUACGACCGUCGCCGCAGCCGCCGCUGCUACAUCCUCGACUACGAGUGCUACAAGCCCGGCGACCACCGCAAGCUGAGCACCAAAUUCUCCGGCGAGAUCAUCCUCCGCAACAAGCAGCUCGGCCUCCACGAAUACAAAUUCCUCCUCAAGACCAUCGUUAGCUCCGGCAUCGGCGAGGAGACCUACGCCCCCCAGAUGGUCUUCGAUGGCCGCGAGUCCUCCCCCACCCUCUCCGACGGCCUCCUCGAGAUGGACGAGUUCUUCCUCGACAGCAUCCCCGCCCUCCUCCGCCGCAGCGCCGUCCCCCCCUCCGCCAUCGACCUCCUCGUCGUCAACAUCUCCAUGCUCUCCUCCGCCCCCUCCCCCGCCGCCCGCAUCAUCAAUUUAUACAAACUCAGAGACGACGUCAAGGUCUACAACCUCGCCGGGAUGGGCUGCAGCGCCUCCACCAUCGCCAUCAACAUCGUCGAAAACGUCUUCAAAACGCAACCGAAUUCGACUGCCAUGAUUGUGACUUCCGAAUCCCUCAGCCCCAACUGGUACAUGGGAAACGACCGCUCCAAAAUGCUCGCAAACUGCCUCUUCCGAACCGGCGGCUGCGCCCUCAUCCUCACCAACAAGCCGGCUUUAUCGAAAACGGCGAUGUUCAGGCUGAGGACCCUCGUCCGGACCCACCACGGCGCCAGCGACGACGCCUACGGCUGCUGCGAGCAGAAGGAGGACGACCUCGGCUUCGUCGGCGUCCAUCUCGGGAAGAAUCUCCCCAAGGCCGCCACGCGGGCGUUCAUCGACAACUUGAAAGAAAUCGCGCCGAAGAUUCUCCCUGUUAGAGAGUUGAUCCGGUUCAUGACAUCGAAAAAUAUCAGAAAAUUGAGGCAGAAAUGGAGCAAAGCGGCGGCGGGGAGGGCGGCAGCGAUCAACUUCAAGAGCGGGGUGGAUCACUUCUGCCUGCACACGGGCGGGAAGGCGGUGAUCGACGCGAUAGGGACGAGCCUGGGGUUGAGCGAGUAUGACGUGGAGCCGGCGAGGAUGACGCUGCACCGGUUCGGGAACACGUCGGCGAGUAGCCUUUGGUAUGUGUUGGCGUAUAUGGAGGCGAAGAAGAGGUUGAAGAAGGGGGAUAGGGUGUUUAUGAUAAGUUUUGGGGCAGGGUUCAAGUGUAAUAGCUGUGUUUGGGAGGUGAUGAGGGAUUUGGAAGGGGAUAAUGUGUGGAAGGGUUUUAUUGAUUCUUAUCCUAAGAAGAAUUUGGCUAAUCCUUUCUUGGAGAAGUUUCGAUGGGUUCAUGAUGCUGAUGAUAGCUUCAGCAUUCCAGAUGAUUAUCAGAUUCCAGAUUGAUUAAUCUUUUGUUUUUCUUAUGAUGGGUGGUUUGGUACUACUGAAAGUGGAAGAAAAUGUACCCUAUAUUCAUACUUCAAUUUGAAAAAAUAAUUGUUACUACCAUA